GAGAAACAGAUGUUCCAAGUGGAGAUCAUGACAAGGAACAGAAAGAUCCUUAUUUUGUGGAGACGCCCUAUGGUUAUCAACUAGACUUAGAUUUCCUCAAAUAUGUGGAUGACAUACAGAAAGGAAACACCAUCAAGAAACUAAACAUCCAGAAGAGGCGGAAGCCUUGUGUGCCAUGCCCAGACACGAGGGCCAUCCCAGGUCAGCAAGGUAUAUGGACUUCCACUGAAUCCCUCUCCUCCUCCAGCAGUGGUGACAACAAGCAGUGCCCCAGCUUCCUCGUGAACAGGAGCCAGGUUACAUCAACUCCAAUCCCAAGGCCACCCGCCCCUCUGGAGACCUCACCUACUUUUCUUACUGUCCCAGAGAGUCGACAGCUGCCACCACCCUCGCCACAACUCCCAAAGCACAACCUUCAUGUCACCAAGACCCUGAUGGAGACCCGGAGGAGACUGGAACAGGAGAGAGUCACCAUGCAGGUGGCACCGGGUGAGUUCCGGAGGCCCAGGCUGGCCAGCUUUGGAGGCAUGGGCUCUACAAGCUCUCUCUCCUCCUUGAUGGGUUCUGGAAACCACAAUCCUGCCAUGCACCAGCUUCAGAAUGGUUACCAAGGCAACGGGGAUUAUGGUGGCUAUGCCCCAGCUGCUGCCACUUCCUCCAUGGGGAGCUCCAUCCGUCACAGCCCCCUGAGCUCAGGGAUCUCCACUCCAGUGACCAAUGUGAGCCCCAUGCACCUGCAGCAAAUCCGUGAGCAGAUGGCCAUUGCCCUGAAACGCCUGAAGGAGCUUGAGGAGCAGGUGAGAACCAUCCCUGUGCUCCAGGUGAAGAUCUCUGUUUUGCAAGAGGAGAAAAGGCAGUUGGCCUCACAACUGAAAAACCAAAGAGCUGCAUCCCAGAACAAUGUGUGCGGUGGUGUGAGGAAGCGGUCCUACAGCGCAGGGAACGCGUCCCAGCUGGAACAGCUCUCCAGGGCCCGGAGAAGUGGUGGGGAAUUAUACAUUGACUAUGAGGAGGAAGAGGUGGAGAGCGUAGAGCAGAGCACACAGAGGAUAAAGGAGUUUCGGCAGCUCACAGCAGACAUGCAGGCCCUGGAGCAGAAGAUCCAGGACAGCAGUGGGGAGGCCUCCUCGGAGCUCAGGGAGCACGCGGGGUGUCAGUCCCAAGAGUGCCGGUCCGUGGCCGUGGGUGCCACUGAGAGAGUGGACGACACGGUCGUGUGCCGCUGGGGCUCCAGGUCCUGUAAGGACGCCGCUGUAGGGACAGUCAUUGAGAUAACGAAUACUGGAGUCGGCGUGACAGAGACCAUGCUUGGAGUGACUACUGAAGCUGACAGAGAAAUUGAGCUGCAACAGCAGACUAUAGAAGCCUUGAAGAGGAAGAUCUGCUGCCUGGAAGUGCAGCUUAAAGAAACCACCCUUGACCAGGAGAUGACUAAGCUCAAACAAGAGCUGCAGGCUGCUAGAUCGAGGAAAAAGGUUGACAAAGCCAUGAUGGCCCAGCCCCUUGUUUUCAGCAAGAUGGUGGAAGCAGUGGUGCAGACAAGAGACCAAAUGGUUGGCAGUCAUGUGGACAUGGUUGACACAUGUGUUGGGAACUCUGUGCAAACAAGUAGCGUAGGCAUCUCCUGCCGGCCCAAUUGUGAGAAUAAAGUGCUGGGGCCUGAGCUGCCCAUGAACCGGUGGGUUGUUAAAGAAAGGGUGGAAAUGCAUGACCAAUGUGCUGGGAGGUCUGUGGAGACGUGUGACAAGAGCGUGGGUGUGGAAGUCAGUGUGUGUGAAACAGGCAGCAAUACGGAGGAGUCCGUGAGCAACCUGACACUCCUCAAGACCAAUCUGAAUCUCAAAGAAGUGCGAUCGAUCGGCUGUGGAGAUUGCUCUGUCAACGUGACUGUCUGCUGUCCCCGGGAGUACACCUCCCGGAGUGUGAACACGGACGCUGUGAGCCAGGGGGAAGCUGCUGUCAUGGCCGUGCCUCAUACCACAAGCCGGCACACUAGUACAGUUUUGGACCAGGUGGACCAGUUCACCAACACUGAGAUGGCCACCCUUACAGAAUCCUGCACCAACACUUGCCUCAGCACCUCGGACAAGCAGACCAGCACGCAGUCAGUGGAGAUGCGGACGGUGGCGAUAGGAGAAGGCCGCGUCAGGGACAUCAACUCUGCCAAGCUGCGGUCCAUCGGAGUCGGAACCGUGCUCUCGGGCAGUUCUGGGUUUGACAGGCCGUCGGCUGUGAAGACCAAAGAGUCAGGUGUGGGGCAGAUAAAUAUCAACGACAACUAUCUGGUGGGCCUCAAAAUGAGGACCAUCGCUUGUGGUCCUCCCCAGUUGGCCGUGGGGCUGCCAGCCAGCAGGAGCGUGGGUGUUGGGGACGAGCCUGUGGGAGAGCUGAUGGAGAGCCCCCAGGCGCAGGCCCCAUUGGGGAUGAUGACGGGUUUGGAUCACUACAUCGAGCGUGUCCAGAAGCUGCUGGCAGAGCAGCAGACGCUGUUGGCCGAGAACUACAGUGAACUGGCAGAAGCUUUUGGGGAACCUCACUCACAGAUCGGCUCCUUGAACUCGCAGCUCAUCAGCACCUUAUCUUCAAUCAACUCUGUCAUGAAGUCUGCAAGCACUGAAGAGCUGAGAAACCCUGACUUUCACAAAGUGGGUCUGGGUAAACUCACAGGCAAUACUUUGGAAUGCACCCGUAAGUGCGGAGGCCUUAAGUCAGGAGGACCACUAAACACCCAGACAUCCCAGCAUAAGCAAGAGGCGGGGACCACGCUAGGGAGGCCCGUCGGCAGCCAGGAUGCCUUCUCCUUGCAGGAAAGCACACUGCCUCACGUGAACCUCACCGACGACCAGAUGGCCGCUGGCCUCUAUGUAUGUACUAACAAUGAAAGUACACUGAAAUCCAUCAUGAAGAAGAAAGAUGGCAACAGGGAUUCAAAUGGAGCAAAAAAGAAUCUUCAAUUUGUUGGCAUCAAUGGAGGGUAUGAAACAACCUCAAGUGAUGAUUCCAGCUCAGAUGAAAGCUCUUCUUCCGAGUCAGAUGACGAGUGUGAUGUCACUGAGUGCCCUCCUGAGGAAGAGGAGGAGGACGAGGAGGACGGAGACACUCGGGGAGUGGCGGAAGGCCGCCAGGCAAUUAAUAUUGAAGGUUUCGAGUCCGCCAGGGUGGAAGAUGAAAUGCAGGUUCAAGAAUGUGAACCUGAGAAGGUGGAAAUCAGAGAGAGGUAUGAAUUAAGUGAAAAGAUGUUGUCUGCAUGCAACUUAUUGAAAAAUAAUAUAAAUGACCCCAAAGCUUUGACCAGCAAGGAUAUGAGGUUCUGUCUGAACACUCUCCAGCACGAGUGGUUCCGCGUGUCCAGUCAGAAGUCAGCCGUCCCGGAGAUGGUGGGGGACUACAUCGCCGCUUUUGCGGCCAUCUCCCUGGACAUCCUCCGUCACAUCAUCAACAUGGCGGACGGCAAUGGGAACACGGCCCUGCAUUACAGCGUGUCCCACUCCAACUUCGAGAUUGUGAAGCUGCUCCUGGACGCUGACGUGUGUAACGUGGAUCACCAGAACAAGUGUUCCAUUCCUGUAAUUCUUAAGGAGUAUUUGGGGGCUUAUUUUUACCUCCCACACAUCCAUUUGUGUGGCCAUCCAGGCCACCUCCCUUCACGGCCCAGCUUGGUGACAUUUACUGUGUGCAAACUGAUACUCCCGUUAUCAGUUUGCCAAAGACAGAGGGUUAAUAGGCUUACCCACCAAAUUCACUACAGGAAGAAGGUGAUGGGCAUGUAUAGGAAUCAGCAUACUAAAGGGAAUAAACAGAUUUACACUAAAGAACCAAAUUCAGUGUAGGCAAGUCCACUAGGAAGAGAGGAUCAGGCCCCUGGUCCAUUCGGAAAUCUGGACUGCUAGUCAUUGCAAGCUGGUGUUCCUGGGUGACUAGAACCAGAUAAGACAGUGAAGCACUUUUCCACCCAAAUGAAGUGAAGGCCGUGUGCCCUUAGUGCCCAUCAGAGUGAAGAUGUGAGCUUCCAUCAGCAAGGUAUCCAGCUGUCUCAGCCUCUUUACAUUCAGCUCCCCACUCCUGCUCGGCCUGUUCUCAUCAUCACUCAAGCUUUCCCCCCUGUUCCAAGCUGUCCCCAUUCCCUGGUAACCCCUCGCCUGGGAAACGUUCUAAGGAAAGCUGCUGCUUUGGAUGUCACCAGUCCAAAGUGGAGGAGUACAAACAGGUGAAGGCAUGGGAAGUAACCUUUGAGUGGUGACGUGGCUCAAAGGUCCAGAGGUCCCAGAGGCUGGACUGGGCUGGGCUGGGCUGGUUCUGUUCUGGAAGUUUAUCUGUGGAGCACAGGUUUGGGCCAGAGCUUCCAUCAGUUCAAAACACUGAAAUGUUAAAGGGAAAGUGUCCUCCUUUGUGUUAGCCAUCAGAUCCCAGGAGCCAGGCCAGCAGAAAGAGCAGCCUGGAGCACGGGCACUGCGGUCGCACCCGGUUCCCUUGACUUCUCCGGAGCAGAGGGAGUCCCAGCUUAUCUUGCCUCAAGAACAGUUUGUGUUUCAUGUGUUUUGCUUUCUGUCUGUUUGCUUUUAUUCCUACUCAGCAAAGAACAGCUUGUAGACACAGGCAUAAGAGGCCAUAGAGCCACAGGGACUUGCAGAAGUCUUGGGCACCUCAGCAAAUUGUUUGUUUCCUUACCCUUAAAGGAGUAGGAGGCAUCCAACAGGCCUCAGGAAGAAAAGUGUCUCCCAGGAUCCACAGAGUGGGAGGAAGGGACCACAAGAUUCAGAAUUGUGACCAGUUACCAGAAGGGAGUCCUUAUUCCAAGAUGAGACAGAAAAUAAGUUGUGUUUAUAAUCCCCUUCAUGCUCCUUUAUAUCCAUCUAAAUCCAUGAAAUUUAAUGGAAAGCAAACAUCUGCUUGGAAAUUUUUCUUCCCCAUAUUUAGUGUUUCCCCUCCUAUUUCCAUAAAAUACAUUUCCAUAGGCCUGGAUUCAGUGUGUGCUCAUGGAUGUAACUCGGGGCAUUCUACAGGGGGGAUUGGGGCUGUAGGAUCAUCUCUCUCCCCACGAGGAAAGUUAAGAGAUCUUUGACAAAUGGCAAGGCAUCAAAACAUAUAGCAGGGUACUGGCCUGCUGAUAGGUAAUUUUCAGAAGAGGAGACAAAGUAUAUUUCUACCCCAACUCCCCCUACUGCCCCCUGCUGGUGGGUAGAAUGGUUGCAUAAGAGUUCUUGGGCAGCUUGCAUAGUUGAGAUCCAGGUGUGCAGACCUAUGAGUGCCACUGUGAGGGGAGGACAGAGGGAAUGGGGUUAUUCUCUUGACAAUGGUUUCCUUUUGGUGAGCACUGUGCUCCAUCCAUCCUUGUAUCCUUAGGGCUUAGCACCUCGAGGUCUGGCAAAGUUUCCUAAAGGACUGAGCAAAUUUGGGGAACCUUAUCAAUUACUGGAGAGUAUUUUGUUUUCCUACCCUUGGGCUGUCUGGAAGUCUGAGACCCCCAACCUGGCU